UGAUACUUCGUCGCCACUCCCUUACCGCACAAGCCGCGUUUGGCGCUGCCGCAGUAACUGCUGCCUGCCGACGCCGACAGCCCGUUUGCCAAAUUCUGGCGCCGUCGGUGCCCUGCUCUUCUCCCCCUCUUUUUUCUCGCUUCUUCUUUUGUUUUUUCUCCUCUGGUUCUGUCUUCACAUAGAGUUCGCAAAUGGCCGGGGGCGUUCUCCUCGGCGAUGUCAUCGGCGGCGAGGGAAUCAACCCGAACCUGGUGAGAAUCGUCCUUGUUGUGAUGGCCCUCGGCCUCGCCGGAUACAUCGUCGGCCCUCCGCUCUACUGGCACGUCGCCGAAGCCCUCGGCAACUCCUCUGCCUGCCCUCCUUGCGCCGCUUGCGAUUGUUCUGCUCAGCCCCUCCUCUCCCUUCCUGAAGAGUUGAUCAAUUUGUCCUCCACAGAUUGUGCAAAACCCGACCCAGAGGUCAGUGAAGAAAUGGAUAAGAAUUUCAUAGAUCUUCUUGCUGAGGAAUUGAAGUUGAAAGAGGAACAUGCAACUGAAGCUCAACAUCGUGCUGAUGUUACAUUGCUCGAGGCAAAGAAGUUGGCAUCACAAUAUCAAAAGGAAGCCGACAAAUGCAGUUCGGGGAUGGAUACUUGUGAAGAAGCCCGAGAGAGAGCUGAGGCAGCACUAUUUCAACAAAAGAAACUAACAGCGCUGUGGGAGCAGAGAGCUAGGCGGCGGGGAUGGAAGAAUGCUCGUUCUUACCGAUGAAUAUUAUGAUCCAACUCCUGGUCCAAUGACUUAACCCAGUCCUAGAAUCUGACGUAUUUGCUCUCAGCCUCCUAAGUGAUCUCCCAAUUUGUCCAAACUAGAUCUUCUCCUUAAAAGGAAGUGCCCCAAUGACAAAUUGAUUACAUAUUUAUUAUAAUGAGUUUAAGCCAUAUAUAUGUGCAGGAUAAUAUCCCACUGCAAUCCACAUUGUUUUCCCCUGUAUGUCGUCGCUUUUUGUGUCCUGCUAUAUAAAAAAAAACCGAAACCCCCUAAUUAGAGGCAUGAAAGAUUUUAUGCUUACUAUAUUGAAUGUGUUUGCUGUUUAUGAUGCAUAAUAA